UGCAGUUCCAUCAUAAAAGAUUAGCUGUGCUUGGGAGCUACAAUGGUCCAAUUGUGGAUGCAAGCAAAGAUGCUCUUUUUGAGAAGGCUCGUUUAGCAUGCAUAGAGGCAAUGAAACACAGCUUGGCCAAUGGUGCUAAUCAAAAUAAAAGGAGGAGGACUGAUGAAGACCAUUGCUUGUCAGAGGAAGAGAUACUACAGCAUCGAGAUAAUCAGCCAUCAACACCACAAGGACUAUCUAGACGAAUUUGUUAUUAUGUUAUUCAUAAAUUCAACAUAUACGGAGAUAUGGAGCUCUAUAAUACCACAUAUGUCGAAUUUCAGCGAAUUCUUAAUGAGAAGGGCGAGGUAUUUUGGCAGUAAGUUCAUCUUGCAAUAAGUUUUCAGAUGCAAUAUCUAAUUUAUAUAUGCAUAGUUGAUCAUAUAAAGAUCAUUGGUUGCCUGGAGGAAGUACUUUAAGGACCAGCAUGAAAAUUGAUUAUCAUACAUAAAUGUGAAAUUACAUAUAAAUCAGAAGAUGCAAAGGGUUUUUGUCUAAAAAGAAAGCUGUCAACAGUUCUGCAUGUCCUACAUAUAAAUCAGAAGAUGCAAAAGAAUUUUGUCAAAAAAGCAAGCUGGUCCACAAUUUCUGCAUGUCUUACAUAUAAAUCGGACGAUGCAAAAGAAUUUUGUCAAAGAGCAAGCUGGGCAAUGAUUUCUUCAUGUCUUUCUUCUUCAGUACUGCUUGUAUUUUACCGACUACCAUAUGUCUUGUGAAAGUCUCUAUAUUUGUCACAUCCCCUCCUAUAUACUCUUAUUUUGAUACUUAGUUGUGUUGGUGCCUUAGAUGGAUAUUGGUUACUGAAACAAUGAUUUUGAUGCCCUACAAGGUUUUGGUUUUGGUAACAGUGGUAUUCGGUUUUACAAUGAUGCCCUAGUUGAAAAUGGCUUUAUUUCUUAUUUUUUGAAUAUUAUAAAUAUAUGAAAUGUUGUGAUGUUCAUUUACGUAAAGUAAUGUUAUAACUCAUCUUUUGAUUUAACGAAUAUAAACAUUAAGGUUGAAUUAUCGAGAUGAUGGACUAACUACUCUGGUUUGGACAAGUGGAUGUAGGAAUGACUUGGCCUCCAAAAAGAAGGGGAAAAAGAUAUCACCGGGAAAGAGGGAAGUGAAUUGGUUAUGGUUAAUGAUUGAAUGGAAUAUAAGACUGGUAUGUACUACCUAAUGUCAGCUAGUGUGACCUUGUCAACCUAGUUUUCCCUAUUAGGACCAUGGAAAUUAUGUCCGUUAGUGUCUCCGACUUGCUCCAACUCGUUUGUCGAACCUUUGUUCUUGCGUUGCGAAAUCAUUAUUAUGUAUCUUCUAUUAUUGUGUUAAUUAAUACCUUAAUUAGACAUGUUUUUGAGUUGCGAAAGUCGACUCCGUAUAUAUUUACGAUAAAAUAUAUACUUUGAUCAAUUGUAAAAUAAUCCUAAUAAAGAUAUAUUGUUAUUAAAUUUUAAAUUGUUUUUUUUAAAAGAAGAUAAAUAUUUAUUAACUUUAUUAGUUAAUUUAAUGUUAUUAUAAAAAAAAAAAUAUUCUAAGACUUAUUCUUUUAAUCUCUCCUGGACCUUAUACGUUCUUUUAAAAUCUAAUUUUAUUAAAUGUUGAACCUUCUCGAUUAAAUGCUAUAUCCUCUACCUUAUCGGGCUACUUUUAUAUUUUCGAAUAGUAGUAUAGGGGCUAUGAAGUUUUUAAAGAAAUUUUUAAUUUCCAUCGGACGUAAUUCUGCCUUCUAGAGCCACGACGGAGGAAUGGCGGAAUCAUAGUAACUUUCCCUCCCGUAAAACAUUAGGGUGGUGGGGCAUAUUUAGGGAAACGAAUUUCGGUUUGAGGGGCAUUCUUUUCUUCUUUGGCAGCUUUGGUAUUUUAUUGAUAUUUCUCUAUGAUGGACGAAAGAACUAAGAGAAUGGAAUGAAAGCUCCGCAAUUCCUAAAUUCAUCUGCAGUAUGAGGAAGUGCAGCCAGCCACUGUAGUUGCCAAGACUUCUCUGCUAGCCACGUUGUUCAUUACUCUUGCUGUUCAAAACUCUUCGCAUUCCAAGCACGUGGACUCUCUGAUAUCUUUCUUUCUCUCAGUAGAGAGUAUAUAUAUACUGUUGCAAGAAACAUUAGCUUAAGACUACGAAGAGGUCUUAAGUUUUAAGUAUAGUUUCCUCCUGGGAAAAACUAGCUAGAUGAUUUUCCUUAGUAACUCAACAAGCUUCUUCAUUUGUUCUUUCUUUCCUAUUUCUUGUGUUGUUGUUCCUGAAGGGGUCCUUCGUAAAUACAAGUACUGGCUUUCUUUAUGUAAUCAUUUACUGUUCGGUAGGAACCUCUGCCACAACAAGAAAUUAAUGAGAAUUUAAUUAAUGAAUGGUAAUAUAAUCAUUUACUGUUCAGUAGGAACCUCUGCCACAACAAGAAAAUAACGAGAAUUUAAUUAAUGAAUGGUAAAUUUAAAAUAAGGGUUUACACCUAGCCAGGAGAAGAUUAACUUGUAAGCGCGAGAUAAAAGUAUUAACCUCACAAGUACCAUGAGAAAAUACUGGUGGAAUUCUUGUUUCUUAUUUUUGCUAAUAAAUUAAAAGUGCAAGUCGAAUAGGGUGGAACUGAGCCUCACAAAAACAUGUAGACAAAUCCUUGGCCAAGGUGCACUAGUUGCAUGUAGUGUUUGUCAGUUCUAAGAAUCCAGAUAUAGUCCUAGUCAGGAAAUUAUACCAGUUAGCAGACAACUAUAGGGUGUAAUUGAUUAUGACUGUAGGGUCUUACACCAGUUCCAACAUGACUUGACGUAACCAUUCUCUUAACCCUUACGGAGGGCCGGGCCACUUCAGUUAGAAGUGAGCAAGGGGGAUCGGAAACGAUCUAAGGAUGGGUGGAUAAACGCCCUGGUGAUAUCUUUUUCCCCUCUAUGAUUCAGAGAGAAUUUAAAGAUGAGCAAGUUUGCCAGAUAACAAAUGAAAAAGUUUUCAGCGCCUCCCCACUUGCCUGCUGUGCACCCCCCUGCUGUUCCAUGCCCCCUGCCAUACAUCAUACAUCUAUUAAUAUGAUGAGAGUCGAUCAAUGAAAUACAAGAAUAGGACUUCAUUUCAAGAAAUGAAAUGCUGUGGAGAAAAAGAUCUAGUGAACUGUUUUGAUAAAUAUUUCAUGAGUCUUCCACCAAAGCCUCUUGAGAGUGAGCCGGGCCGACUUUUCCUUGCUCCAAUUAAAAGUCGAACAUCAAAUGUAUGGUUCCGCCAUCAAAAUAUUGGUGUGAGAACAUUGCUAAAAUGGUACAAGCAAAUGUAUUGUACUGACUGUCAUGCUGAAUUGAAUGUGGCAAACUGCUCUCCAGACCAACAGUCAGAAUUAUUGAUAAGAACAUCUUGUUCCAGUGGUGGUAAUAUUAAUGAAUCGACAUCUUGUACAAACUUGAACACACCAUCUGUAGAUAAAUCUGCAGUGGAUCCAAUCAGCAUGGCUGAUAAAAACUCCACAGAAUUUGAUGACAGCAUAGACAUUUCAAGUGAUUCAGAUGCGGACAAUCUCGACUCUGAAGAUGAUAAUGAGAUUGAGAUGUGUGUUCUGAAUUCUCAUGCAGAGAGCAGCUCAAAGGACUUAAGAAUUCAUGCUUCAUCAGAAAUAGAUGAAAUAAAUUUGUAAUAUAAUAAUUGAUCUUUGUUCUAUAAUCUUUGAAGGAUUCCUUUUGUCAGGUUUCAUUUUGUUUCAUUGAUUGAGCUUUCAUCUUUGGCUUCCUGCAGUCACUGCUUUAUAUUGGAUGAUAUGUUCACUGGAAUGCCUAAGCCUCUCUUUAUAAUCUCUUAUAAUUCUUGUUUGUAAGGAUAAGUGUUUUGGAUGACAAAGUGAUAGCUUCACCAUCUUGUUAAAAGUGUAUUGGUUAGUUCGUAGGGGGUAGGGAUGCAAUAAACGGUGGAAUAUUUUUGAAGAGGCAGGUCCUUGAAGACAUUAUCACAAAUGAAAAUUCCUAAGUCAUUAUCAGAUGUUUAUUUUUCCUUUUUACCCUUGGAGAUGGUAAGUAUUUCGGCAUUAAUACCCACAAUAAUCUAAAGUGCAAGUUAUACUUUCA